UUCCGAUGCACGUCCGCUGCGGCUUGACUCUGUGGCAGAAGUGCUAGCGGGCUCAACCUCGUUGAUAUGGAACAUUCUAGCAACGUUUUUAGGACCAAAAUCCCAGCUUAAUUUUUAUCCGCCCUGGAUCUCAACCAACAGUCGCUGCAGCCAGACUAAUUUUCUAGUGACACCGUCCAGGCCGCUAUCCUUCCGCAGCUCGCCCCCAUGGUUCUUCCCUCCUUCUUCGCAUCCUCAAAGAAGUCGUCCAAGACCAGAGAUAUCCCCAACCUUGCCCCCCGACCCUCCCCCCAGGCUAACUCAGGUACCCCUCCUGCCUCGCCUGACAAGCACACCCACUCCAAGGUCAAGGACCGGGAACGCUCCUCCAGCCGCCGCUCGAGCUCCUACUCGUCCAAGCGCUCGUCCAAGUACGACCGCGACUCACACCCGCUAAACCUCCCGCCCGAGGAGCGCCAGCGCCUGUCCUCGCAGAUGUCCGCCAUGGAUCAGCCCACGCCCCAGCCAAUGGACGUCGACCGGGAGCACUCGUCCUCGCCCGCCCCCUCGAGUCCCGUAGCAGACACGCCCAAGACGAAUGGCGCCAAUGGCGCCCCCGACGGCCCUGCUCCUCCACCACACCGCUAUACAAAGAGCCCACCGCCGCCUACCGCAAACUACGCCGCGACCCCCGAGGCUGCCACCCCGCCCGCUGAGCCCCCGACGAUAGACGCCGAGGAGUACAAGGCUGCCGGCAACAAGUUCUUCAAAAUCAAAGACUACCCGCGGGCCAUCGAGGAAUACUCAAAAGCUAUCGAAGCCGAUCCCAAAAAUGCUACCUACUACUCGAACCGGGCCGCCGCCUACAUUUCCGCCAAUAAGUUCUACGAGGCUAUGGAGGACUGCAAGAUGGCAGACGAGCUGGACCCCAACAACAUGAAGAUUCUCUUGCGGUUAGGCAGAGUAUAUACUAGCCUGGGACGGCCAGACGAAGCCGUGCAGGUGUACGACUCCAUCAAUGCCACUGCCAAAGACAAGCAGCCUGCUUUGACAAUGCAGAAGCACCUCCGCAUGGCCGAAGACACGUCACGGAACGAGGGCUCAGGUUCCAUGGUCAUAUACGCCCUCAACGAGGCUGAGAAGGGUCUUGGUGUUGGUGUAGACAAGCCCCGGAAGUGGCAGCUCAUGCGGGGAGAGGCACAUCUGCGCAUGGGCAAUGCCAAUGCACUUGGAGAGGCACAAAACGUAGCCAUGUCGCUGCUACGGUACAACAACCAGGACCCUGACGCUCUUGUACUGCGCGGCCGCAUCCUGUACGCCCAGGGCGAGAACGACAAGGCCGUACAGCACUUUAGACAAGCACUGGCAUGCGACCCCGACUUCAAGGCCGCUGUCAAGUACCUGCGAAUGGUGCAAAAGCUGGACCGCAUGAAGCAAGAGGGUAACGCUGCCUUUAAGUCCGGCAGGUACCAAGAAGCCAUCGACACCUACACGCAGGCACUCGCAGUCGACCCCUCGAACAAGAACACAAACUCCAAGAUCCUACAGAACCGAGCCCUGUGCCACAGCCGGCAAAAGAGCUGGAAACAAGCCAUUGCAGACUGUGAGAAGGCUCUCGAGCUCGAUCCCAGCUAUACAAAGGCACGGAAGACCCGGGCGAAGGCACUAGGAGAGAACGGCAACUGGGAGGAGGCAGUGCGUGAUCUCAAGGCUAUCCAGGAAGAGAACCCAUCGGAGCCUGGCAUUGCCAAAGAAAUUCGUGAUGCCGAGAUGGAGCUCAAGAAGAGCAAGAGGAAGGACUACUACAAGAUUCUCGGUAUCGAGAAGGAUGCCACAGAGACACAGAUCAAGAAGGCAUACCGAAAGCUGGCCAUUGUACAUCACCCCGACAAGAACCCAGACGACGCGGAUGCUGCGGACAGGUUCAAGGAGAUUCAAGAAGCACAUGAGACUCUGAGCGACCCACAAAAGCGCGAGAGAUAUGACUCCGGCGCUGAUCUUGUCGAUCCCAACGACAUGUUUGGCGGCGGUGGCAUGGGAGGAGGCAUGGGCGGUAUGGGUGGCGGCAUUGACCCCGAGAUCCUCAUGCAAAUGUUCGGCGGCAUGGGCGGAGGUAUGGGAGGCGGCCGUGGAGGCGGAGGUGGUUUCCACUUCAGCUCCGGCGGCGGUGGAAGUCCGUUUGGUGGUAUGGGCGGCAUGCCCAGCGGUGGCCGAAGAGGAGGACCGCCCGGUGGCUUCCCCUUCUAAACGCCCCGAUCAUACCCACGUAACGACAACCACCACCACGCUCCGUUUCAAACACAUCAUCCGACCUUUGAUUCGUGUGUAUACCCUUGGCAGUAUAUUUCCGACAGAUUUCAUUCACUGGCGUUGUAUACAGGAGAUGCGCGAGCAGUAGAUGCAUAGACGGUCGUUUUGAUCGCUCUCCUGUAUUUGGGUGCGAAGCAUUGAUUUUCACACUGGCUUUCGAGGGAUUUGAGCAUUGCCUGGCGUCUCUCAUUAUUAUCUUGUGCACGAAAUCUGCUUGAAGAUACGAAUGCCGUUUGUGACUUAUUGGAAGAAGUAUGUGUGAUACGAAAUUUCAAAAGUUAACGAUCAAGAAGAGAGCGUCUUUGCAUAUGUG